CACAAGGUGACAGUUUCAUGUAAUUAUACAUACAGGCGCUAGCUGCAAGGCUUCAGCUAGCCAUAAUUAAUAUCGUUCCUUCAGCUGCUCAGCACAACGUGGGUGAAUAGAGGUAUCAAUCAAUUAAAAAGGGCCGUACAGGACGUGGUCAGCAGCUGCAACAACUUACCUAAUUAUCACGGGCCAAUAACCCCACCAAAAAACUGCAAUCCAGAAGAAUUUACCAUUCCUUUUUACCAUUUAGAGUCCCUUUCUGUCUCGAUUCAGAUACCUCUACUGUACUUACAAAAACCACUUGAUUAUGAUAUUCUUUGGUAGAUAGAUUCUCUUUUUUGGGGACCUUUGAAUUAGAAACCAUGGAAGAAUCGCCGUCUGAGAUCAGUGCUCCCCUAAUAUCGAAGGAUGAUAAAGAUCAAGACCCAGCAGCAGUUCCCUCAUCAUCAUCACAAGCCAUGGAAGCCAAAUCCAAAUCCGAGGUUGAAGAGGAGCAAGAACAGGAAGAAAACUCACCCGUCAAACAGGUUGCUCUAACUGUACCAACCACAGACGACCCGUCCCUUCUGGUACUCACGUUUCGAAUGUGGGUCUUAGGGGCCCUUUCAUGCAUUCUCCUAUCCUUCCUCAACCAGUUCUUCUGGUACCGUACUGAACCGCUCACAAUCACAGCCAUUUCAGCGCAGAUCGCUGUGGUGCCUCUUGGCCAACUAAUGGCAGCAAAGAUCACAGACCGAGUCUUCUUCAAAGGGAGCCGCUGGGAGUUCACGCUGAACCCUGGUCCUUUCAAUGUCAAAGAGCAUGUUCUCAUCACAAUCUUUGCCAACUCUGGGGCUGGGACUGUGUAUGCCAUUCACGUUGUCACUGUCGUCAAAGUUUUUUAUAAGAAGCACAUCACGUUCUUCGUGUCUUUACUUGUUGUUAUAACAACUCAGGUGUUGGGGUUUGGAUGGGCUGGGAUAUUCAGGAAGUACCUGGUGGAGCCGGCAGCUAUGUGGUGGCCAGCAAAUUUGGUUCAAGUUUCAUUGUUCAGGGCUCUACAUGAGAAAGAAAAACGGCGGAAAGGUGGAGUGACUAGAACCCAAUUCUUCUUGAUUGCCUUCAUGUGUAGCUUUGCUUAUUAUGUCUUCCCAGGCUACCUCUUUGAAAUGUUAACUUCCCUCUCUUGGAUAUGCUGGAUAUUCCCCAAAUCGGUCCUGGCCCAACAGCUUGGCUCCGGUCUUUAUGGACUCGGAAUUGCUGCCGUUGGGCUUGACUGGUCCACCAUCUCUGCCUACCUCGGAAGCCCACUUGCAAGCCCAUGGUUUGCCACAGCAAAUGUUGCUGCAGGAUUCGUUUUUGUCAUGUACAUUUUGACCCCCUUAUGCUACUGGCUCAAUGUCUACAAGGCCAAAACCUUCCCAAUAUUCUCUGACGAUCUCUUCACCUCAACUGGCCAAGAGUAUAACAUUACAUCCAUCAUUGACUCUAAUUUCCACCUUGAUCUUGAGGCCUAUGAACGUGAAGGGCCUCUUUACCUCAGCACAUUUUUUGCAAUGACAUAUGGUGUUGGUUUUGCUGCACUUACUGCUACAAUUGCACAUGUUGCGCUGUUCCAUGGAAGAGAAAUAUGGGAGCAAAGCAAAUCAAGUUUUCAAGAGAAAUCAAUGGAUAUCCACACAAAACUCAUGAGGAAGUAUAAGCAAGUCCCUGAGUGGUGGUUUGUGGUUAUUCUUAUAGGAAACAUCGCCUUGACCAUAUUUGCCUGUGAGUAUUACAAUGAGCAACUUCAGCUGCCUUGGUGGGGCGUUUUACUUGCCUGUGGUAUUGCCAUUGUCUUCACUCUUCCAAUUGGAAUCAUCACUGCUAUUACGAAUCAGACACCGGGCCUGAACAUCAUCACCGAAUAUAUAAUUGGGUAUAUCUACCCGGGAUAUCCCGUUGCUAACAUGUGCUUCAAGGUGUACGGGUACAUAAGUAUGACACAGGCCAUAACCUUUUUGCAAGACUUCAAGCUCGGUCACUACAUGAAAAUCCCUCCCAGAACAAUGUUCAUGGCACAGGUUGUCGGAACCCUCAUAGCUGGAUUGGUGUACCUGGGCACAGCGUGGUGGCUGAUGGAAACCAUUCCCGACAUAUGCGAGGAUACAUCCUCGGUGUGGACAUGCCCAAGUGAUACUGUGUUCUACGAUGCAUCUGUGAUAUGGGGUUUAAUCGGACCUCGCAGAAUCUUUGGGGACCUGGGAACGUACGAGGCAGUCAACUGGUUCUUCCUAGGUGGAGCAGUUGCUCCUAUUCUUGUCUGGUUAGCAGCAAAGGCGUUCCCACAACAAAAAUGGAUCGGGCUCAUCAACAUGCCGAUCUUGAUCGGCGCCACAGGAUAUAUGCCUCCGGCGACUGCAGUAAACUACACUACUUGGGUUAUCGCAGGUUUUCUGUCUGGAUUUGUGGCAUAUAGGUAUAUGCCGGAUUGGUGGCAGCGCCACAAUUAUGUUCUGUCUGGGGCACUCGAUGCUGGCCUUGCCUUUAUGGGGGUGCUUCUGUAUUUUUGCUUGGGGUUGGAGGACAUUAGCCUCAGUUGGUGGGGAAACGACCUUGAUGGGUGUCCCUUGGCUUCCUGCCCAACCGCCAAAGGAGUUGUGGUAGAAGGUUGCCCUGUUGUUUACUGAGAUGGGGAAAAAGAAACCAAUUGUUUUCUGUGUAUGUAGUUUCUGUCAAGUUCAAUUCGUACAUAAAAUUCUUCAUCAACUCGGAGAAAGUUGGUGACCAAAAUUCAAAUGUUAUACGAGGUUAAUGCGACUGGCCUCCAAUGAAUUGGAUGUAAAAGUGACACGAGGAAUAAAUGCAGAAUUUUAUUCA